AUGUCGACGGGCAAGAACGUCCUCAUCGUCGGCCCCGGCUUCAUAGGCUGGAACGUGCUCGACCACCUCGUCCGCGAAGGCUACAACGUGACGGGCCUAGUCCGGCGGGCGUCCCACGCGCAACAGAUCCAGUUCUCGGGCGCCAAAGCCGUGGUAGGUGACCUGAACGACACCAACCUCAUCAAAACCCAAACGCUCCAGAACGACGUCGUCUUCCACACCGCCACCGCGGACCACAAGCCCAGCGCCGAAGCCGUGUGCCAGGGCGUGGCGGAGCGGGCGCAGCAGGGCAAGUCGACGAUAUACAUCCACACGUCCGGCACGAGCGUGUUGGCCGACAAUGCGCGCGGCGAAUACAAGGGCGACAAAGUCUAUCACGACAACAACCGCUCAGAGAUAGAUUCGGUGCCGGACGACGCGCCGCACCGGCAGAUUGAUUUGACAAUCCUCAAAUACCAAGGGGAGAUCGGCGACAAGGCCAAGAUCGCCAUCAUGAUCCCGCCGUUGAUCUACGGGUAUAAUCCGCAGCACAGGCGAUUGACCAUCCAGAUACCGACCCUGACCCGGUUCGCGCUGAAGCACGGGUUCGCGGGACACGUGGGCAAGGGAUUGUCGGUCGAAUCGCAAAUCCAUGUGCUUGACCUCGCGCAGGCCUAUGUGACUUUACUGCAUCACAUGGAACAGGCACCGGCCCAGGAGUUUCUCGACAACCCGUACUUUUUCUGCGAAAAUGGCCGUGAGGCGUCCUGGCGCGAAGUCGCAGAGAUGAUCGGCGAGGCGCUCCACAAGGCUGGGAAGAUCAAGGAUCCAACUCCAAAGACCAUACCCGAGGACAUGUGGGGGGACCUCUUUGGAGAGUAUUCCGCCGCGGUCGUCGGCUUGAAUAGUCGGAGUCGAGCGGUUAGAUUGAGGGAGCUCGGAUGGGAACCUGCUCCAGGGCAGAGGAGUAUGGAGGAGAGUUUCCAGAUGUUCGAGUUGGCCGAGAUAUUGAAGGAGGAAGGGGUCGAUUUUCGUGGAUAUACCGGAACGGCUGCCUCGUAG